AUGUGCCACCACGGAUCAGAAGCGACGGUAGAAUGCACGCAAGAGGUGAUGAAGGUCACGGUGCCCAUGGAUGGAGACAGAAGGAUAUCCUACUUAGAUCAAUUUAAAGACUUCGAGCCAUGCCAGCCGACGCUGGAGAACAACGUGGCUACCUUCAUGCUGGACCUGCAAGCCGGGUACUACAAGUGCGGCCUGACGAGGGUCAUCAACAAAAUGACGAACAUGCGCACAUUCUACCAUAAGGUGAUCAUAGAGGGAGCCAGCGGCGACCGCGAGACGGUGCUUGCUCGCUGUCUCGUCAACCCUAAAGGACGGCCGCUAGUCAAGAGGGACACCCAAGCCUUCCCGCUGGACUUCAACGAGCCUGAUGUUCUAAACAUCACUCGAAGUGAGACGGGGCAUGCACCUGAACCGAUGCUUUUCGCCAUUGUCAAGAAAAACGGAGUCCCUGUUCCCCGCAACGACUCAGUAAGCCCCGGCACCCACCUUACGAUGGAGAUCUUCUUGGACAACGAGUCGGCACCCGUAUAUGGCCUGUUCGUCAACUACAUGUACGCGACUAAUACGGAUAAUCAGCAGGAGACGAUUAUAUUGAAUGGCUGUUCCCUGGACGCGUCUCUCUUCAACAACUUCCAGACCACCGACGGAGACCUCCUGGUGGCCAAGUUCAGGGCCUUCAAGUUCCCAGACACCACCUACGUCAUGUUCAUAGGCACUGUGAACGUGUGCCUGGAUAAAUGCCCUGGGGUGCAAUGCAGCAACGGCGCUGAAGGCUACGGCAGGAAGCGUCGGUCUAUCUACUCUGAGCCCAGCUCCAACAGGGUAUACGAGGUGUCUCUCACUACCUUCCUGAAGGUGGACUGGAAGGAGGGUGAAAAGGAAGCAGAGGAUGUCCUAGCCCUCAUCAAGAACCUCAAAGCAGCCAACCAAAUGCUGGACGACAAAGAUGGCACCCCAGCAACAGUGGCCGAGCGAACCCAGGACAAUAAACUAGUGCUGCACUCCCAAGAACUAACGAGUAACAGCGUGGCGCUCACCUACAGCUGUUUAUUACUACUGAUUAGUGCGCUGCUAGCUUUUUAGAAUUUUAGGUAAAAUAGGAUAGCGUUGGGACUUGAACAUUGGUCUGUAUUUCUUCAAGGAAUUCUUGUAUUGAGUUGGAUGUGCUUUCUAAAGAUGUAGGAAUUUUGUAACGAAACCAAUUUUUUAAGUACGAUUUUGUAUGGCCAUUUGAAAUUUUAUUAAUGAAAAAAAAUUGUGACUAGGUACAUCCUUCUUUCUUAGAUGAUGAAGAUUUGUUUGACCAAUGAUUCGAGAUAUUAUUAUGUUCUAUUCUGACGAACAUUUUGGUGACAUGGACAGAAGAUAAUUAUGGCAUAAAGUACCUACCUACUUAGAUGAUCAGUGUUGAGUCCAGGACAUUACAAUCCAAUCAAGCAAACUGCGCACCUCGCUGGAAUGUGCACCCUCCCACUUAACCGCACACCGCCCCGCGUUCACCCCGUCCGUACCAGAGCGACGAUGUGACGUCAGGGGUGCCAAAUGCGCAGUUUACUCGACCGGGUAAAAAAAUCUGUUCUUCGUCGGUCCCUCACUGAUGAGGAUCGCGACCAGUAAUAGUCGUGCGGUACACACAGCUUUUGACCGCAGUGUACAACCUACGAUAGCGAGGUGUGCAUGGGAAAAUGAAAGCUAUUUUACAGGCAAUAGCAUCAUUUACUAAGAUUCAAGCUAAGUUAAUAGUUGAACCUGGGUGGGCAUACAUUUCCAGGAGGUAUAUAAAGCCAGGAAAAAAACAAAUGUUAGCGCGAGCUAAAGGAGAACAGUGCCAUCUGUUAUCCCAAAUAGAAAAGAUGUUUUACCACAGGUUUUACUUACGAUUGUUCUUGGUGGAUUUAAUUUUCACUUGACACUCAAACUUGUACACGCAGUCUGCGGAGGAACACUAUAAAAUGUGGUCGCGAUCCUCUUUAAAAAAUCUGUUACAUGUCGCCAAAAAACUCCUUGGAAUAAAACAAUAGGGGAUGCGGGAACAAUAACAUAACAAUUUGAUAUUAAAUUGGCCUUUAAAACGACGUAAUUAAUUUUAAUUUGAUUUUACGUGAUUUCUCUAAAACUAUGUAGUUGAUAAGACGAACUAUACCUUACUAAACCAAUUAUAAAAUUUAUUUUAAGUUUGUGUUGUUCAAAAGUCUACAACGAAAAUUUAUUUUAGUCAAAAUUAAUAAGAUUCUUAUAAGUUUUUUUAACUUAUUUUGUAUUUUAAUAAACAAUGUGCUCAAUAUUAUAUAAAAAAAUAUUCUAAAAGAAAGUUAUGCAAAAAUAUAGCAUACAAUUUUGGUUUUGGUUUUCUUUAGCGUCAUAAGCGAAUAAGCUUUAACCACCAACUAACAAAUUGUUGGACAUUUUUGCAACGACAUUAUUUAUUUUAUGGUUUCACAUAAAAUAAAUGUCAGUUAAGUUUAAGUAAAAGUGAUUUAAUCGAAGUAACGUAUUUUGUAAGUGCCUAAAUAAUAUUUUUAAUCUUAUGUUUAAUUUUACUUCAUUAAUUGAAUCAAAUCUGACCAGGGCAUGAUAGUUUUUUUUGUUUUAAAUAGAACAGAUCUCAUUUUAUUCAUUCUUUUGAAUAAUUUUAAUGUUUUUAUUUUUCCUCAGUUUUUUUCCAUGUAAAAGUUAUAAUCUGUACCACUUUUUUUGUUCGUUUAAUAUAUUUUUAGUCUAAAUUAAUUGACGUAUCCUACCCAGGAUAAUAAAACGUCAUCAAAUACAUUUUAUAGUAAGACUUAAAUGUAACAUAAUUAUGUAAUGUAAAAAAAAAAUGUAGUGAAAAUUGUUGUGAAAUUUCAAGAAACAAAUGUAGUACUGGUCAGUAAACUAAUACUAAACAUUUUAAGUUCACUAGUCUUAAAAAUAGUUAUUCAG